AUGGUCUCUUUCUGGCCCUGGAGGGCCGACGACUCCUCCCCCGCCUCUUUCGAGAAGACCCUCUCCGCUCUUUCGGCCAAGAUCACAAACACCCAGGCGAGGCUCGAUGGCGCGCGAGCCACCUCCCGCCGCAUCAGGGUGCUGUGGUCCCUAUACCUCGCCUUUGCAUAUCUCGUCUACUCCAUCGUCAUCUUCCUCGUCGUGGGAAUGAACAGCAUGGGCGUCUGGGAUUGGGCCGGUGUCGCCGGGGGUCCGGUUCUAAUCUACCUCACCCGGACCGCCGUUACGGUUCUGUUCAAUUACCGCAUCGAUACGCUGUCGGCCCGCCUCAAGGACCAGCAGGCCGAGCGCGCAAAGACCAUCCAGAAGCUCAAGGAAGCCACCAGGUACGACACCACCCUGGAGCUCCUCGAAAAGUACGGCGGCAAUGAGGGCAAGGCCAAGGCCAAGAGGCAAAGCGUCUCCGAAGCAGACACGAAGAAGCAGCAGCACCAGCAGCAGCAGCAGCAAGGAAACGGUCACAGCAAGAGUGCCCCGGCUGGCCGGACGAACAUGCCCCCUCCCCCCACUGCCAAUAUUCAGCGACGCGACGGCCCCUUCCCCGGCCAGGGCUCGCCGCCGCCCGGAUUUCAGGGCGGACAAGGCCCGCGCCCCCAGCCCCCGAACGGCCUCGAGCCUACGGAAGAGUUCGCGCCCAACGCAUAUGCCCACCCGCCGCCGCCGCCGCCGACGCAGUCGCAGCACUUUGCGCAGGCCGACGGUGUGCCCGGCUCGUCGCACUGGUACGACCGCAUCAUGGACCUCCUCCUCGGCGAAGACGAGACGGCGUCCAAGAACAGGAUCGUCCUCAUCUGCAAGAGUUGUCGGCUGGUCAACGGCCAGGCCCCGCCGGGCACCAAGACCCUGUCGGAGCUGGGCACGUGGAAGUGCAUGGGCUGCGGGGCCACCAACGGCGAGAUGGACGAGGGCAAGCGCAUCAUGCAGGAGGUUCUGGGCUCGCGGGCCGGCGGCGGCGGCGACGAGGUGCCCACCGGCGAGGAGUUCAAGGAGUCGGAUAGCGACGAUGACUCGGACGCGGAUGCGGUGGUCAAGCAGGAAGAGGAGAAGGAGAAGAGCGACGCGAAGGAAGUCACGGCGACGGGCAGACAAGGGCCGGCGGCGGGAACGAGGAAGCGCAAGGGCAAGGGUGGGAGGUGA